AUGGUGCAGGAGAUAGAGGGCAGGUUCAAGGUCGGGGACGCAAGCCUCUACACGAAGACAUGGCUCCCCGACGAGCCCGGCACCACCACGCGGGCCAAGCUCGUGUUCGUGCACGGGUUCAGCGACCACGUGGGCCGGUACUACGGGCUGUUCCCGCACCUGGCGCGGGCGGGGAUCGCGGUGUACGCGUUUGACCAGCGCGGGUGGGGCCAGAGCGUGGAGCGGCCGGCGGACCGCGGGCUCACGGGGCCGACGGCGCAGGUGCUGUCGGACAUCGCGGCGUUCAUCGGGGAGGUGGCGGUGCCGGCGUCGCCAGAGGGGGCUCCCCUCUUCGUGAUGGGCCACUCGAUGGGCGGGGGCGAGGUGCUGGCGCUGGCCAGCACGGGCGAGUACGAGGAGAGCGUGGUGGCGCGGGUGCGGGGGUGGAUCCUGGAGGCGCCGUUCAUCGACUUCCCGGCGGCGUCGCGGCCCGGGGCGCUCAAGGUGUUCGCGGGGCGGCUGGCGGGGCGGGUGCUGCCGCGCAUGAAGCUGGCGAACCCGAUCCCGCCCGAGGACCUGAGCCGGGACCCGGCGGUGGUGCAGAGCCUGCGGGACGACGAGCUGUGCCACGACACGGGCACGCUCGAGGGGCUCGCGGGGCUGCUGGACCGCACGGCGGAGCUGGCGGCGGGCAGGUACCGGCUCAGCCCGCGGGUGCAGAGCCUGUGGCUCGGGCACGGCGACAUGGACAAGGCCACGUGCUUCGACGCCGCCAGGGCGUGGUUCGACAGGCAGCAGCAGAUCCCCGACCGCGAGUUCAAGAGGUACGAGGGCGCCUACCACCAGCUGCACGCCGACACGGGGCGCGACGAGUUCUAUGCGGACGUCGAGCGGUGGAUCCUGGCGAGGUGUGGUGAUGGGCCGGGGGAGGCUGCCAAGGUCGAGUCCAAGCUGUGA